AUGGUACGGAUCGUGGCCAUCUUCCCUGCGCUGGUCGCAUCAGUCGCUGCUCAACUCGACAUUCCAGGACUCUUGGCCAGUCUAAGACCAGCUCCAGCCAACGAUCCUCGCUUCACCAACUGGGUCGCCCCAGGUCCUAACGACGUCCGUUCGCCAUGCCCCGGUCUGAACGCUCUGGCAAACCACGGCUUCCUCCACCACGACGGCCGAAACAUGACAAUCCCACACAUGCUACAAGGCUUAUCCGCAGGCAUGAACAUGGGUGCCUAUUUCACCGUCCUCAUCGGCGGCGCGGGUCUCCUCUCUUCGCCAAACGUCCUUGGGGGAGCCUUCGACCUCGACGAUCUCGAUCAACACAAUUUCUCUAUCGAACACGACGCUUCGCUUUCUCGUAGAGAUGCGUUCUUUGGUGACGACCACAGCUUCUACAACAAGUAG